GGUGGAAUGGUGUGAUGUCAUCAGUGCCUUCAGAAUGUUGGCGUUCACUUAGCUACCGCCAGUGCUCUCCUCAGAGCUGUGAGGCUGAGUCCUGGGUAAGCUCGGAGAAAGCCUUGAGGGCCUAGAUCUUGGAAGAGUGGAGCAGCUGCUCACACGGGAAAAGAAGGUUACAGGGCAACAGCCUGGGACUGGAAUCAGUCUGAGUCCUUCCUUGGUUUGCAAACCAAGAAGACGACAGGAUUCCUUAAUGUCUGCACCGGUUCCCUCAGACACAAGACCAAGGCUUCAGAACCCAACGAAAGGUCAAAAGAAAAAAGUACUGGUGACAGCCAAGGCAGAAAGAAGACCAGAGAUGUCAACUGUCUCCCCAAAGGUGCUCUGCAAGCAGAAUGAUUCAGGGAACAAAGUGCCAGAUGAUAGUGUUUGCUUGGCAAAAAAAGGCCAGCAGUGUUUGGGCUCCAGUGAUGCUUCUGCAGGGGAUGUCCCUGAGCAGAGAUCCAAGAGGAAGAGGCCACUGAGAAAAAGGAAACCGGAGAAUGUCAUCACUGAUCCAGGGGCCUGCACCAUUCUUGCCUCCAGCAAUGCCUCUGCUGGGGAUGUCCCCGAGCAGCCAGCCAAAAGGAAGAGAGGCCAGAAGACAAAGACACUGGCAGAUGUCAAAGCAGCUACCCAGGAGAGCAGCCUGCGGGCCUCAGGCCCAGCCACCUCUGAAGCUACCCCUGAAGCUGCCCCAGAGCUGAAGAUCUCCAGGAGGAGGACGAAGAGGAGCAUAUGGACUGUGGACCGGAUCGAGGGGACAAAACUCAUAAUAAACAAGAAGAGAAGACUCAGUUACCGAACCGAGGACCUUGAAGCCUUCUACCGACUUCUGGAGGAUCCUGUGAUCCAGAACUUCUUGGCAGCUGACAUUUUCUUCAGGGUGACCGACAAGUACCUGCUGUCCAUGGUGGUGGAGUACUUUGGCCGACUUGGGCUGCCUGGACAUCUCUACAACAGGAUCCACUUCUUCCUGGCCCUGUACAUUGCCUGUGACAUGGAAGAGGAUGACCCCAUAUCCAAGAGGAGCAUCUUUCAAUUCUUGCUGGGCAGAGACACAUGGCAAGACUUGUACAAGGACUUCCAAAGGCUACAGAAGGAGUUCCUCCAAGUCAUAGAUUAUCAUGCCUGGGUCACACGACAGGAGUGUGAAGAGAUCCAGAACCAGAACCCACACCACUGGGUCUGGAGCCGGGUGCGCCACAGCGCCCCUUAGCUCCCCAGGCCAUGGAGCAUGGGGCUGGCUGCACAUGAGCCAGCUCCUGCCCACCCCUGCCGUCUCCUCGCCUCACCCAGAGACCAGAGCUUUUCCCCAUUAUACCAGCACCCGCAGAAUCCAACAUCCAGUCCUGGCCUCUCCAUAUAGAUUCAGGAUGAAGGAUCCAGGUUGAGCAAGUGCCUCAGCAAUGUGAACCCAGAAGCCACUGUAGCCAGUGAACCUCGGGCUUCAGGGAUGGCAGCCUCCAAAGGUCGACAAACCUUCAUUGGAUCCCGCAGCAGCUUGGAGGGGUCCAAGCAAACCAUCAUCUCCAGCAACUGAGGGCAGAUAGCUGCAAUGUCACACAAAGUUCAGGAGUCCUGGACCAGAGGAGGAAGAAGAAGCCAGUGCAGACUCUGGAGUGUAGCAGCAGAGAGGAAGAGUAACUCGAGUCAGAGGAUGAGGUCAGCCCUGCCUACUGGGCAACCAAUGUCUUCGGACUCUGUUGUCAGAGACACUCUCAAAUAGUCUACUGGCUUCUCCAGCGAUGUCUCAUUCCAGAUGAUGGAGAAAUCUCCCCAGGGGCUGAUGGGAAGCUCUGAGACACUGAGUAUAAUAGUGUGGACACCUGAGGCCAUUAUCAAAGUUGGAUAGGAGAAAAUGGGUCCCAUGAAAUGCAGGCUGUUACCACAGGGAAACAACCCAGCUUGCAAAGGAGAGAGCCAAGGAGCAGAAAUGGGUGGGGAAGAGGAGGUGAGGGGAUGACGGUCUAUGGGUAACCCCAACACUGGGAACAACAUGGUGAAAGCUGAGGACCAGGAAAGAUGGACGCACAGAGGACAAAUAGGGCAGGUCCCAGGGGUCACAGUGAUGCUUACAGACUUGACAACUGCAAGGCAGACAGGAUUUAAACCAAGAGAGAGGAAGAGCAUAUAAAUUCAGCACACAGCUGACAAUAUUCA